AUGAUAUGUGCAUGGGAAAGGUUGUUGGCUAAAACGGAUCAAGUUUUUGCUAAUCGGAAUUUUUCAUAUUUGGUUGCUGAGUUGUUGAAAGAAGUUGGCCCAUCGAUAACAAUAACAUCAUUAACAAAUACCAUCGCCUUUGGUAUUGGCGCAUUAUUUUCACCGCCUGAGGUCCAACUUUUUUGUAUCGCCAAUGCUGUUGCGAUGAUCUUUGAUUUAUUAUAUUGUAUCACAUUAUUCGCGGCAAUAUUGUUAUUGGCAACAAAAUAUGAAAGAAGUACACCAACGUGGAACAAGGAGGAAAUUUUAAAAAUUGAAGCAAGAAAACAAAAGGUAAAAGAAAAAUUUGCUUAUAAAGUUCUUAGAAUUACAAUUAAAUAUUUGAAUAUUCUCAAAUUUGAAUAUUCUAAUAUUCUCAAAUCAUUUUUACGUGAGUGA